AUGAGUUUCUUCUCAUUUAAUAACAUUCCCAGAAUUAAGACGCGGAAGGCGCUCUUGUUGCUCGACUUCCAGAAUGACUUCGUUCGCCCGUCCGGAGGGCUUCACAUCCCCAAUACCGCUGAGAUCCUGGAGAUACUGCCCCCACUCGCGGCAGCAUUCCGGAAAGUCGGUGAUGUGAUUUGGGUUCGCUCACAAUAUGAAGCUCCUCAGUCGAUCUCGGACUGGAAUUUCGGCGAUCGCAUCGUCUUGGCAAAAGAACCGCCCAAGAAACACACCAUGCCCCAGACGGAGGUAAUUGAAGUCGCAUCAGAUCGCGAUUCUCCAGAGCCCGUCGAUACUGAGGCUUUUCUAUCAGCUCAGUCGCCUAUUUGCUGUGCCGCGCAAACCGCUGGGUUCCAAUUCCCCGCGCCCGUCCUUGCUGCCAUCAACCCGGAGCAUGACAAGGUAUUGGACAAGACUGGGUACUCCGCACUGGAGUCGAAUGACCUCGUGCUCUCAUUCCGAACUCGAUUUGUGACGGAGGUAUAUCUCUGUGGUUCUUUGUCCAAUGUCUCAGUCUACGCCACUGCGUUAGAUGCCGUUCGCAAUGGUUUUUCGGUCACGUUGAUCGAAGAUUGCUUGGGAUACCGGGAGUUUGGGCGCCAUCGUGAAGCGAUGCGCCGCAUGGCAGACAUCCUUGGCGCAACUGGUUUGACUGCCGAGGAGCUAUACCAGGAACUGGAUUGGGAAGAGACAAACGCUAUUGCUCGGGGAGCACCACAACCCAAACGGCCUGCUGGUGCAUCGCUUGGCAUCGAGAGUGUCAUGGAUACUUUGGGGGUGGAGGCGGAGGAACACGACGAGAUACGCGAGGAAGACCCAGAAGAUGCAUUUAAUAUAGCAGAGAUCGCUUCUCUUACUCGACUGCACCGAAGCGCUGCAGGAACUGCGCGGUCUCCUGUCGAGGGAAAGAAGCAAGUACGCGCGCGAGUGCGCCGACCCAAGCGGCGCCCAGCUCCAGAUGCUGCAGAGAAAACAGACGAUCCCCCAUCAAAUCCGCCUGCAGAAAAAGUACGGAAACCAGAUGAACCUACCAUCGGCGAAGGCGAUUCGCGUCUUGUCCAAGAACUCGAUAUCCCCAAAAAUGCUUUCGAGCGCAUCCGAAAUGAGGUUUCCUGGCAGAAAAUGUACCACCUUUCCGGUCAGGUACCUCGACUGGUCGCAGUCCAGGGCCAAAUUGAGCCGGAUGAGGCCAUUCCAAUCUAUCGACACCCCGCCGACGAGUCUCCACCCCUAACCUCAUUCACAUCUACCAUUGAUGAAGUUCGCAUCGCAGUCGAGAAAAUUUUGGGCCACCCGCUCAACCAUUGUUUGAUCCAACUCUACCGAGAUGGACAGGAUAACAUUUCGGAGCAUUCUGACAAGACGUUGGAUAUUGUUCGAGGUUCUUCCAUUUGCAAUGUGAGCUUAGGGGCCCAGCGAGUUAUGAUCCUUCGCACCAAAACUUCCUCAGAGCGCAAAAGUGAAACAGAAUCAGGCCGAACCACACAGCGAGUGCCACUACCGCAUCGAUCACUAUUCAUCCUUGGCCAGAAAACCAACAUGCGCUGGUUACAUGGCAUCCGGCCGGAUAAACGCCAAGAGAACACCAAGACCGCAGAGGAACUAGCAUACGGUGGCGAGCGUAUCUCGUUAACCUUUCGGCAUAUUGGCACAUAUCUCCACCCAACCAAAAAUUUGAUCUGGGGCCAGGGUGCGGUGGGAAAAUCUCAAGAUACAGCCCGCCCCGCUAUCCACGGAAACCCUGAAGAGACGGAACGAAUAAUUCGUGCGUUUGGCCAGGAGAAUCGCUUGUCCGAGUUUCGCUGGAAUGAUGUCUAUGGCGGUGGCUUUGAUGUGGUGAAUUUUGUUACUGCAUCGUCGGCGCAACUAACACUAAGUGGAGAUCCAGUGGCCGACCUUAGGGUACGCCUUGCCCUGGGAGAAAAUGGUAUCCGAUACGAGAUCUCCGACAAGCCAGAUAUGGAAGUCAAUGUCAGCGAAACCAAACGACCAGGGUACAUUGAUUCCCAGGGAACAACUGUCACUGGUGACCUGGCCAUCUUAAGACAUCUGGGUUCACGACCCGCCGACACUUCACGACCUGGAGUCGAUAUUCUAAGAGGUGGAAGCCAUCUCUCAUGGAUAGAAGACUUGCAAUUAGAAUGGCGUGAACAUUAUGCAAGCAAGCCCAUGGAGGAAUUCAGUGGCGGCCUGCGACACUGGGAGCGUGCUCUGGAGGGACAGUAUUUCUUGGGAGGCACAGUGUUAGGCAUCGACGAUUGUGGGCUUUGGCCAGUCUUAUGGGAGAUCGUACAGACCCAAGGACCUUUCGAUGCUCGGUUCGCCAACCUGACCCAGUACUAUCAUCGAGUUGACAGACGUGGCAUCGUUCGAGGCAUCCUAGAGUCCCGAUGA